AUGGGUUAUUUUGUCAUUCACCUCUCCAGGAAGAAUUCACAUCUCCCCUUUCUGGGCAAAAUUGUAGACUAUGAGCAUGGUAUGAGCGUCAUGGACCGUUUAUCCGUAUCUAAAGAUGGCGUGAUAGUCUUUGAGCCUGAGGGUGAUCAAUAUCUCCAUGCAAUAAAAGCACUGAAAGACUACGCAGAGAACAAAAACAGACUAUUUGUUGAACACUUUACAACUGUGGAUGAAUACCAAGCGAAACUAAAAACAAUUGCUUACGCUUGUACAGAGUUUAAAGAACAUGUGGCAUUCUGUCUAGCGGCUGCCGUUUCAGAUUUUAAAAUUCCAGAGGCAAAUAUGCCAAAGGAGAAACUUUCAUCGGACUCAGCUAUAACUCUACACCUUGAACCUGUUAAAAAAACUAGGUUACUUGUACGUUCAAUUUGUGGAACUGAACCGCUGUUAUGCUGUUUCAAACUUGCAACAAACGAGGCUGAUUUACAUACAAAAGCAAAUAAAAUGCUACAACAGCCAACUUUGGCAGAUAUGGUUGUUUGUAAUAUAUUCGAGGAUAGGAAAGCAGUAGUUAAAAUCUUAUAUCCAGACGGAUCACUGGAACGCAUCACCGAUGAGGACCAAAAAAUCAAUGAAAACAUCGCAAAAUCGUUGGCAAAUGCUCACGAGAAAAGGAUUAAAUUUUGCCAAAUCAAGGAUGGGAAAAACGAAAACAUAUAA